AUUUUAUGACCAUAAAUUGACCAGAUGCAAUAACUGCCACCGAUCAAUAUCAUAAGCGUUUAAAACCAAUUUGAUGUCGUCCACGCGACAACAAAUCACAAUCGCAUCUCGAACAAUGCGAGAUGAGGGGUGCGCACCCCAGCUGCGUACCGCGAUCGAUUGUGGACCGCGCCAACUUCUCGCCACGCUGCACUAUCCGACUACACGGUUCCCAAUCCAAACGUCCCGAUCUUUCACCCAGUGUUUGUUUAUUUUUUUAUUUGUUUAAUUAACCUAUCCCAACCGUACACCUAGACAAUAACCUGUCAGUUCAAAGUGGUGACAGAUAUUUUUUCGGCCAGUGUUAUGUGUUAAUUUUUUAAAUGAUGGAGGGGCGAAGGGCUUGGGAUGGCGUGCCCGUGGAGUCGCACUCGCCACCGCAGUCGGUGCCGGGGCGACGGACGCCGCUGGGAGCCGUGGGGCUUGGAGGAUUUUACAUGCAAGGUGGGCAGCCGCCACCGCCACAGCACUGCUAUCAGACCGACGAGAACCAGCCGGAACCGGGGACCAGUUACGGUCAAAGACCUAUGGGCGAAGGAAAAUCAAAACAGAAAAUGCGACAAGGAAAAACAGUACGACUCAACAUCAACGCUAGGGAACGGAGAAGAAUGCACGACUUAAAUGAUGCCCUCGAUGAAUUACGAAGCGUGAUCCCUUACGCGCACUCGCCGUCCGUCCGCAAGCUAUCCAAGAUCGCGACUUUGCUGCUAGCCAAGAACUACAUCCUGAUGCAGGCCAGCGCCUUAGACGAAUUGCGAAGGUUGGUAGCAUAUCUUCAAGGCACAGCGACGGCAGCAGGCAUAGUGCCACCUCCUGGCUUCGACCUGGCCGGGCUACCAGCCGCCGCCAAGUUGCUGCAACCACCCACGCUAGGCCCGCCAGCUCCACCAGACCCACCAUCUUGAGAUCUGCCUCCGCCCGUCAAACUAGAACCCAUCUCAUCACCCCCUUAGUGACAUCAUACGAACAUCUUAGUGUACAUUUUGGCGUUAAAUGUGAAGAGAGUUUUCAUUUCUAGAUUUUGUUAUUUAUACAGCAUAUACCUUGCAAACUACAUGUUAUGUCGUUAUCUAUGCUUUGUCUUACGAAGUGACAAUUCCUUGGGUAUAAAAUACACUUUUGUCCCGAAUAUGGUAAUGCAAUAUAAUUUUUUUAACAGACCGAACCUACAUUAAACAUUAAUUUUAUACUUAUAAUACUUUUAUUGUCAUACAUAUGAUGUAAACUAAGUACCUCUUUAAAAAUGUCUUAUAAUAUCUACUAUCUACUAUUUAUGUUUAAAAGGGCCUAGCAGAUGGUUUUGUGGUUUUAUAGACGGGCAAAAAAAAAAUAGGCAUUAUUAUACAUACAGGAUAAAUGAAUAGAGUUUGAUAUUAGAAUAACAUUUUCGAAUUCAUUCAAACCGUCUGAUGUCGAACAAAUAUUUCAAUUUAAUCGCUAGGUAAGUUUUGACUCUAAAUGUAUUUAUUUAGGUAGAUAAUAAAAUAAUAAGUAAUUUUAUCAAUAGUGACAAUGAAAUAUACUCAAGUUCACAAAUGUACACACAAGAAUGAAACAAAAUUUCUGUCAAGUAAAACUAAUAAGACGCGGUACAUUACGAGUAUACCUUAUUGCAAUGAUUAGAUUAUGCACGUUUAUGAACUAUGAUGAAUAGGUAAUGAAAGCAUGAAUAAAUGAAUGUAGUGAUGUAAUACUGUUAAAGCUACAACUGCUACAAAUCGGAUAUACCUACCUAAUGUUCUGUCAAUAUUUUCUUGCAGCUAUUUUCGGGCUGUAUAAUUAAUUAACUACCUAUGUAGCUAGUGUUAGUUAUGUACUUAACCCUCCAUAUUUUUAGAUGUAUAUUUUAAAGAAGUUGGAGGUAAAAUAGCAUUAGAUAUACGAGUAAAUUAUGUUAUUUCUCUUCUUGAAGACAAGAGAGGACUGUGAAUCAACGUGCCAAAAUAAUUAAGGACCGUCUAGGUAAGUUUAGCUACGAUUAAAGGUGUUGUAAGAUUUUUCAAUAGCUUAAU